GGCGCGGGCGAGGUCCCCGAGCUUUGUAUAAAUGCGGGCGGGCGCCAUAACUUCCUCAGCUCCUCCCCAUCGCCUAGCUCUCCUCUCUGGCAAGCUAGCGAGCUAGCCCCGCGGGCGUGCCGAGCGUCCAUCAAGACGAUAGACCUGCGGUGCGGAGGCCGACGAUGCUGCAGGCGGCCAGGUACCUGCUGGGCUCCCCGGGCGCCAGCGGGUUCGGCUCCAAGUCCACCGCCGAGGAGGUCACGGCCGCCUGCCCGGACCUCGCCUCGCUCACCGCCAUCAUCACCGGCGCCACGUCGGGGAUCGGGGCGGAGACGGCGCGGGUUCUGGCCAAGCGCGGGGCGAGGGUCGUCAUCCCGGCGCGGAGCGUCAAGGCCGCCGAGGACAUGCGCGCGCGCAUCCUUGGCGAGUGCCCGGGCGCCGACGUCCUCGUGCUGCACCUCGACCUCAGCUCGCUCGCCUCCGUCCGCGCCUUCGCCCGCCGCUUCCUCUCCCUCGGCCUGCCCGUCCACCUCCUCAUCAACAACGCCGGCAAGUUCUCGCACGGCCAGCUCGCGCUGUCCGAGGACGGCGUCGAGAUGACCUUCGCCACCAACUACCUCGGCCAUUUCCUGCUGACGAAGCUCUUGCUGGGAAAGAUGGCGGAGACUGCGGCGGCCACGGGGGUGCAGGGCCGCAUCGUGAACGUGUCGUCCAGCGUGCACGGCUGGUUCUCCGGCGACUGGGCCGACUACCUCCAGCUCGUCACCCGCCGCAAGAUACCCUACGACGCAACGCAGGCCUACGCGAUGUCGAAGCUCGCCAAUGUGCUGCACACCAAGGAGCUCGCCGCCCGCCUCCAGGAGAUGGGCGCGGACGUGACGGUGAACUGCGUGCACCCGGGCAUCGUGAGGACGCGCCUCAACCGCGACCGAGAGGGCCUCAUCACAGAUCUCGUCUUCGUGCUGCUGUCCAAGCUGCUCAAGACCAUCCCACAGGCUGCGGCGACCACGUGCUACGCGGCGGUGCACCCGAGGCUGGCCGGUGUGUCCGGCCGCUACCUCGCCGACUGCAACGAGGCGCUGCCGUCGCCGGCCGCGGCAAGCCGCGGCGAGGCCGCGCGGCUCUGGCAGGCGUCGGAGGACAUGAUCAGUGCCUCAAGCAGUCAACCGGACUGGAACUUCUGAGUAUCCGACUGCUCUAGUUUGUGUCCAACAACCGUAUAAACAUAUUCCUCGCUUGGUAGAUGUAACAUGCAUAUAUACAUAUUUUAGUAGUAGCAGUGUCCAAUGAGUGAUCGUGUUUCUGUAAGAAAGAGCUGAACUAUGAGAUCCAUGUGUAUUAUACUACCAUAUACGAGUACUAGUAGACUAGAGGUCGAUUGACUUGGU